UGUGUUUUGGCAGGAUGGCCGCCCCUGUAAGUGACAGCAGUCAGAGACCGCUGCAGAAUGCCAUGAGACUUGUAAAAUUGGCCAUUCAGCUGGAUACCGGCAACAGACACAAGGAGGCGUACUGUGAAUACUUGAGAAGUAUCAGCUACAUCUCUCAUGCUUUGCUUGAAGAUGCCACAUCUAAACAGAUGGAGUCGGUGGAAUUGGAGAAAAUGGUGAAACUAGUUGAGCAAUGUUUAGAGAGGAUUAAAUCAUGCAUCAUAAGAAAGCGAGAGUCCCCAACACCCGUCAUCUCCUCCACUCCUCUGUCCGCUUCCCAGCAGACCACCAUUCCUGCUAUUAAUGUGACAAAUCAUCCCAAAAUGACAGAAACACCUAAUGCAGCUGCAUUGGUUUCUGAGACCCAAAGUAGACAGCAACCCACCAGACAUCGCAGAGUCCUCUCUGAGGGAGGCAAGACCGACUCCCCCUUCCUGCCACCUGAAGUCUUCCAGAAGCUUCAGUCAAUGGAAUCACAAGACAACCGAAAGGAAUUAACGCCUAUUGAAGAAGCAUCACGUCUCAACCAGAAACUUAAGGCUAAUUAUGAGGCUCGGCUGGCAAGACUUACCCCUGGUCAGGCCACACAAAAAACCUCAUUGACUCUCUCACUCCAGAGGCAGAUGAUGGAGAAUCUGAUAAUAGCCAAAGCCAGGCAAGAUGCACUUCAAAGAAAAAUGGAGGAAAGGAGACUCAGGCUGCAGGAAGAAGCCAACAGGAGGUUUGUGACCUGUGGGACCAUGACAGCUGAGGAACAAGAGCAGCGGGUUCUGUAUGCGAGUGUACUUGAAUAUGAGCAAGAUCAUGAAUGGCCAAAAAUUUGGAAAGCUAAUCUGAAAAAGAAUCCAAAUGAUCCAACGUUGGUUUCAGGUCUUAUCUCAUGUCUUCUCAGCUACCCAGACCACCCAGUCAUAAAGUUGCUGAAGAGGCUUCAGUAUCGGGUGUAUAACAGACUGUAUCCUAUAGUGAGCCAGUGUGUUCCUCUGAGCACAGCGCCUGGUCACUCACUAGUACCCUUAAAGCCCUCCCGCAGUGCCCAAAGCCUGCUCCUGUCCGACAGUCCUAUCUCUCCACAGCAGCAGCAGAGCCCACUCAAAUCUGCUAUGACACACAGCUUAUCUGAUGCCUCCAUCUCUUUUUCCCCAUCCCACGACCUCAAUGCCAACAACACAAAGUCUGAGACAGACCCGGAUGAGUCCUCAACUCUGGUCUCUACAGAUAGGGAGAACUCUUUUGAGGAUCUAGAGAAGUUUCUUACUCAGCUGGACUGGGUUCCUUCUCACAGUGGUGAUGAUACAGACUCUGAUGUGACCUUCGACACAACACACAUAGACCUAGAGUCUCAUGUUCAUCAUCUUGAGGAUCGUGCUUUGAAGGAACAUUUGAAGGCCAUCAUCAAAGACAUCCACAUUUCUGUUGAUCGCCUGCUGUCUCUGUGUCUUCUGUCCUUUGAAUGUCUCAACACUGCAAAUUCUAAGGACCAAUGCGUGGCGAGUAUAGAGGAAGUCUUCUUCACCCCUAUUUGGUGCCCUCUGUCAGCACUUUUUAGGAAGGUGUAUCGAGAACGGGAGCUGGCUGUUGAGAGCAGCAUGCGUUUUCAUCGUAAUGUGUCACCUGGUGAUGUUGGCGUACCAUCCAAACUGUUCCCCAGAGACCCAGCUGUGCUGCACGGUUCCUACCCAUACGAGUCAGCGGUGCAGGAGCUGAAGCUUCUGUAUAGAGACUAUUGUCCUCAGAAGAAACUGGAGUGUAUAGUGAGAACUCUACGAAUCAUCUGUGGCUGUGCUGAAGAGUACCGCCUCCUGCAAGAAAAUGAUCCUCCACCCAAAUCAGCAGCAAUAGGUGCUGAUGACCUGUUGCCCAUCCUGGCGUUCGUGGCUUUACGCAGUGAAAUGCCUCAGCUGGUGUCUGAAUGUGCUGCGUUGGAAGAAUUCAUUCACGAGGGGUAUCUGAUCGGAGAGGAAGGGUACUGCCUGACGUCAAUGCAGAGCGCGCUGACCUAUGUUGAGUCAUUGACCUUGGGUGGGUCUCCGCCCCUGACUGCCAAACCCACCUGACGUAGGGGCCUUAGCCUACGGAAAGAUCUCAUGGUGUUUUGACAGUCCUCAGGAGUUGGUGUAUCUCCUCUGCUUGGUCUGUGUAGUCCCAAAUCAGGCCAGACAUCAGUUCUGUUCAAAUCCUCCCCACCUACGGCUUUGAAGGGACUGGAGAAGGUUAUUCUCUGCGUUUGGGCACUACAGGGCAGGUUCAUCCGAAUGUGGUUUAAAAAAAAAAAAGAGACUGAAUGGGAUGAAAUUAGCAAGAUGUUAGGAAAGGACUUGUGGAAAGUUUAGUAAAAAAAUUUUUUUAUUAAUGUGUGUAUAUUCUAAUGCCAUUGAUUUUUUUUUUCUUGUCCAAAUGUAUUUCCCAGAGAAUUUUACUAUGGAAAUGAAAGACUAAAGCACUACUAGCAUUUGUUAACCCUAUUUAUUAAACAAUAUAAAAAGUGACACUAA